GAUGUUAUGGGGAACUGGGGGAGGGACGCUUCAAAGUCUUCGCUGCUUAGGGUCUUAAGACCCACCGACCUAUCUAUCUAUCGAUCUCCAAUCACCCACCAAAUACGACUUCCAUCGCCAGGAUUCAGCAUGCAAUAUAUGAGCAUCCUGUCCCUCAGAAACAAUCAGUUAUCUGGAGAAUUCCCUGAGGCAUGGAGCUUGUGGAGCAAUAUACUAGUUGUAGAUGUGGCAAACAAUAAUCUCUCUGGUCAUAUUCCAAGCUCCAUGGGUGUCCCAAGCUCUCUUGGAGUAUUGAAGAUGAACAACAAUAAUUUUAGCGGCAAAAUUCCUUCUUCCUUGCAAAAAUGCUCUGGUUUGGGGGUACUUGAUCUUCGAGGCAACAAAUUUACUGGAAACCUACCUUUUUGGUUAGGAUUAAAAGUAUCUCGGUUGCAAAUGCUGCAGUUGCGAUCCAACUUUUUAAGUGGCCAUAUUCCUCAACAGUUGUGCAAUCUUCCUAAUCUUCAGAUCCUUGACCUUGGUCACAACAACUUUUCAGGGACUAUUCCCAAGUGUUUGAGUAGGUUGACAUCUCUGUUGAAUGUUGAAUCUAGUAUUCGUUGGCUACACCACAUGAGUUAUCCUGAAGAAACAACAGUUAUUUCCAAAGGACGAGAACUCGAAUAUGGAAUUCCCAAUUUGGAUUUGGUAAAGAGUAUUGAUCUCUCAUCGAAUCAGUUGAAAGGUGAUAUUCCUGAAGCAAUAACCAAACUCGUUGGAUUGGGUAUCCUGAACUUGUCGAGGAAUCAAUUAAAUGGAAACAUUCCCUCCAAGAUAGGAAACUUGCAUUGGCUGGAAACUCUUGAUCUUUCUCACAAUCACCUUUCAGGGAGAAUUCCUCAGAGCUUUUCUUCUUUGACCUCACUGUCUCACUUGAACUUGUCUUGUAACAACUUGACAGGAAGAAUUCCUUCGGGAAACCAACUCCAAACACUUGAAGAUUCAUCCAUAUAUGAGGGGAAUCCGUCACUGUGCGGGGUUCCUCUUUCUGAUUGCCCAGGAGAUGACAGACCGAUUUCUCCAGAAGAUGAUAAAGAUGAAGAUGAUUAUGGAAGGCUUGGCUUAUAUGUCAGCAUUGUGCUCGGAUUCGCUGUUGGCUUUUGGGGUGUUUGUGGUUCUUUAAUCAUAAAGAAGUCAUGGAGGUAUGCCUAUUUUAAAUUCUUUGGCAACAUCAAAGAUAAGGCAACGCUAGCAAUUGCUGUGAGAGUAGCACGUUUGCAAAGGAAAAUUUGAUUGGCAAAUGAAACGACACAAUAAGAGUUUGUCAUAUAUAUAGUAUGCACGUUGUUUCCUAUAUGUUGUAUAAUGUGUUGUACUUUUCUUUUUUGCUGUAUAGUAUUGUGUUU